AAUACUAAAAAUAUAAGUGCCAUUGGUAAAUAUGUAAAUUCGCCUAGCUGGUCUUCAACCUCUGACCCUUUCGCCCCCUGCUGAACGCUUGUGUCUCGGGAGGUUGCCGACCGGCGGUAGGGUAGGGGCGAUACUCAUCGGAGAGGAGACCGCCCAACCUCGCCCUAUAGGUGGCUCCGCCUCUGCUGCCAAUCCCCGAGAUCCACAGAGACGCUGCCGAUGGCGAAGCCGAGGAAACCCCGCACCUUGGCUCCAGAUCCGUCCGUCGCCGCCGCUCGGCUUCCGUGGCACCCACCGGCACCGCCGGUCCCCACUGCCGUUCUGAUCUCGCUGGCCGCGCUCCUCGUCCGCGUGCUGGUCUCCGUGGGCCCCUACUCCGGUCAGGGUGCGGCGCCCAAGUUCGGCGACUACGAGGCGCAGCGGCACUGGAUGGAGCUCACCCUCCACCUCACGCCCUCCGACUGGUACCGCAACACCUCCGACAAUGACCUUGCCUACUGGGGUCUGGACUACCCGCCCCUCUCCGCCUACCAGAGCCUCCUCCACGGCCGCAUCAUCAAUGCCUCACUCCCCGAGGCCGUCGCGCUCCGCUCCUCCCGUGGCUACGAAUCUAUGGAAUCGAAGUUGCUGAUGCGGUGGACGGUGCUGUCGUCGGAUCUGUUGGUGUUCUUCCCUGCUGCUUUGUGGUUCGUGUGGGCUUACAUGAAAGUUGGAAUCGGUAUUAGUGGGGAGGAGAGAAGGGAGGGGUGGAUGUGGCUGCUAGCCAUGGUCCUGAUCAGUCCUUGCUUGGUAUUGAUCGACCAUGGCCAUUUUCAGUAUAACUGCAUUAGCCUUGGACUUACGCUUGGAGCAACUGCUGGUGUGCUGUCGAGGAAUGAGCUUGUUGCUGCAGCUCUCUUCACUCUUGCAAUCAAUCACAAACAGAUGAGCCUGUACUUUGCACCAGCUUUUUUUAGCCAUCUUCUGGGGAAGUGCCUCAAACGAAAACAUCCUAUUGUCGAAGUAACAAAACUUGCUUUCGUGGUCUUGGGAACUUUUGCUCUUGUCUGGUGGCCAUUUUUGCAUUCUUAUGAGGCUGCCCUACAGGUGAUCUCUCGAUUAGCUCCAUUUGAGAGAGGCAUAUAUGAGGAUUAUGUUGCAAAUUUCUGGUGUAGUACUUCAGUUAUUAUCAAGUGGAAGAAAUUGUUUGCGAUAAAGCCUCUGAAACUUAUGAGUCUCUCUGCUACCAUACUGGCUUUCUUGCCUUCAUUCGUUCAGCAAGUCAAGUCUCCAAGUAAUCUUGGCUUCCUUUAUUCUCUGAUGAACAGCUCUUUCUCUUUCUAUUUAUUCUCGUACCAAGUUCAUGAGAAAUCAAUUUUGCUUCCUCUUUUACCUGCUAGUCUUUUAGCACUGGAAGAACCUCGGAUGUAUGGAUGGUUUGUGUACUUUGCCCUUUUCUCAAUGUACCCUCUUAUCUGCCGUGAUCAACUUCUUCUACAGUAUAUAGCUGUUCUUGGCCUAUUCUUUCUUAUACACUAUUCACCUGGUGGAAGCUAUGGAAAGAGAUCAAACAUGUCAUGCAGGGCAAAAUUAGUUCUUAGCUUGCCAUUUUUAUGCUCACUUCUACUUCACAUUACCUACCUGCAAAUAGAGCCUCCCAAUAGGUAUCCCUUCCUCUUUGAUGCACUGAUAAUGUUCGUCUGUUUUUCACAAUUUGUCAUCUUAGCUCUGUACACCAAUUAUAAGCAAUGGAUGUUGGACACACAUUCUAGAUCAAUAGGUGUGAAGAAGGAUCUGUGAUUGAAAAAUUUGACUGCUAAUUUUACGGAGAAGGUCACUGCACCUUUGUAACCUUGUGUGUAGUCCCUUUUAACAUUGUUUAUUGAAUGAAAUGUGCACACGGUGCAAAUUCAGACAUUUCUAUA